UUACAAUGCAAUGCUUACUUUGCAAGCUCAGAACUAACAGAGGACACGUUGGAUUACUAUGUAUAUGGUGAAGCGAACGUCUGCUGGUGCAGUGUAUGCUUUGACUCUCUAACACACACAGUCUCAUUGCAGGGACGGCUGUGAGCUAGAAGCAGAGGGGUGGAGACUCAACAUCCAAUGCUGCGGCUUGCUGCCAGGAGCCCUUUCUGUCAUUUUCCCAUGCUACUGCUACUGUGGCUGGCUUAGAAAAGGUGGAAGUGAGUCGGGCAGACUUGAUGGAGACUAAGGGUGGGGCAGGCACCCCAGAACUGAAAAAGGCACCAAAGAAGAAGCAUUUAGAUCCACUGGGUCAACUGAAUGUGCAAUCCUUAAAUCCAAAUGAAGAGGAAGGGGAGGAGGAAGAACAGGAAGAAGGAGGGAUCCCAAUUCCAGUCUCUGGACUGUUACAGGUCACAGAGAGAAGACAACCUCUGAGCAGUGUUUCCUCACUCGAAGUGCACUUCGACCUUCUGGACCUAACAGAGCUAACAGAUAUGUCUGACCAGGAGUUAGCAGAAGUUUUUGCUGAUUCAGAUGAUGAGAACACCCAGUCAGAAACUGCACCAGGUUUGCAACCAAUUCCUCACCUCCGUGGUGCUUGUCUAAGGUCCCCAUCCUGGACAAGAAUGAAAGUUGAUCCAGGAAAGGAGAAGAAGCCUGAUCUAGAACUCCAGAAAGAACAUCUAAAAGAGCCUUUUCUAACAGUUGAGAGGCCACAGGAGGAUUAACAAGACUUGUAACCUUCUGCAAUAAAACAUAAAGACACUAUCCCCACUGAGGAUUUAUUCUUUGAAAAAGUGAACAGCCAGAACUGCAUGACAGAACUUAUGUUGCACUUUUGUGCACUUCAGGCAGUGCAUAUCUAUGUGGAAAAAUGGACUGGACAGGAAAGUAGUGAACUAACUAAGUAAGUUUCUUCAUGUUUUUGAGCGGGAUGCCAAAAGAAGCAGAAUAACUAACUGAAAUGUGUAAGAUGAAAGACUGAACCACUAGGAAGCAAGUUAUUACCCAGAGUGCCCAGGUUCCACAUUUGGAAUAAGCUACUUAUUACAUCAGAGUGUACCGUUAUUUCAGACUACCACUGACGUGUCUGCUCACUGAAACAUCUGGCCACUAGUGCACAGUUAUAUGCAGUAACAUGGAACAAGAAGAAGAAUCAGUAAAUGCGAAAGAGUUCGGAAGUAAACAAAAUAUGGCAAAUUUUGCACAAGCCAUACAAACUGAGAAUUCAAAGACUGUUGACUUACACAGUAGAUGAGUGCUAUAGCCUAAUUUGAAUGUAAACAUAUUCUGAUAUAUUGUGUGUGAUAAAUACUUUUCAGCUGAAUUAUCACUGGAAACUUCACUUUUUUUUCUUACAUGACAUGAAAAUGGAUAUAUAUCUGCCAUUAAUGGUUUAUAAUCCUGUGGCAUUUUUAUCUUUAACCACAAGACAAACCAACAAAGAUAGUCUAACAUGCAGCUAAAAAUAUUUUCCUCUAAAAUAAACAUGCCGAAUCAUAAGCCAUGGUUCAGUAUCUGUGCUUCUUAAAGAAUGCAGUAAUGAGCAUGCUAUACUACAGAAAAAGAGCUCAGUAUUUUGCAGGUGUCUUACGUUUAGUAGUUCUUCGGUUCAUAAACAUAAUAUUUUUAAUAUUACAUUCUUUAAGAAAGGUGUAUGUUAAGAUAUUUAGGCAGGUUUGUUGAGACUUGUUGCAAUUUGCAGCACAGUAGAUUAUCAGCUUUGUAAAUUGCAAAAUACUAAAGGUUAAAAUAUGUGAACUUGAUUUUGCUGAAACACAUAACACAAAAAUCUAAACUCUUGCUUUACCUCCCACACUUUAUUUAACAAAAUAGACCAACUCUUACAUUACAACACCUUGGGGUAGGUUACCCAGCAAGAAUCCAGCACUUAAUUUUCUGUAUAUCCCUACCUUUUCAUUUUCAUCAAACAGUUUGAAAGAGUUGAAUCAAAACAGAUGAUAAAAGAAAUGUCAAGGUAUUUGUGAAAUACUCCAUCCAUCCAAAGCAGUAACAUUAAUCAAAUUGCUGCACCUUACAUACAACUAAAGAAGCACAUGUGAAUAAUUUUGCUUAUUUUUAAUUACAUAUAUAACUAGGAUAAAUUCUGAAAAUGUCCCACUUCCUGGAAAAUGUCUCACUUUCAGGAAUAAGCUGGGGUGAUUUCACUCUCUGUUGCAUGCUGGGGCACUGCAUUUGAAUUCUGAUGCCCAAAACUCACUAGUGAGUUGUGAUUAGGUCAUGCUGAAAGGUAUAUUAGACCACGGAUUCAUCCUGUAGCUAUCAUAACCAAGAAUUAAGCCUCGGCAGAAAAUUCCUGCCCCUCACAUUAUUACAGUCAUACACCUGAUUCAGAUAUGAGUGCUGAUUAGGUCAUUUCAGGUUGCGCACUAUAUGGUUUUGUAGUACCUUCCAAAUAACUCUGUCAGGGUUUUCUAUGCCAGACAUUAAGGCAGGAGUAUCUUGCAAGUUCUCUGUGAGGACAAAGUUUGGAUUUCUAUUAACCUGCAGUCAACAGUAAGCUAACAUUCAACAGUGCUGGUAUCCUGGGCUCAGAAAUAAAACCAAGGUGGGUUACUUAGUGACAUACACAAAGGACUUGUAUCUUUGGUUUAGAAUUAAACUGAAGUGUGGCUGUUCUGUGGCCCAUACUAGGAUAAUAAACAAGAGGAGCAAUGCUGUGCAGUUCAAAAGUCAGACUGGUUUUGGCCAUCUGCAUCUUAGUAAAAAUAUUCUGGAAAAUCAUGAAUAUGAGCCGGAAUCAGGAGCAAACCCUGUGCGGUCUUCCUGUGAAAAAAUUCCAAAGCAUUAUCCUACUAGAAAGCUAUUGUGAGGCUGAGUAUGAUUACCCAUGAUUAGGCAGUAAUACUAACAAGCUACAGUUGUACAACAGUGUACUACAAGAGACCUUCACUAAAGUUACUUUUGCAGCAGGUGGUUCCACUGAAAAGCUCUCUAGCAACAGAUUGUUGGUCAGAUACAAUAGUAAAGUGAAGCAGUCCAUGAAUCAUUACAGAUAAGAAUCUUGCUUCCAAAAACACAUUUCUCUAGCUGUGGAAAGGUAUACAUGAAUUUUAUCCACAUUUCUACGGUGAAGUGCUUGGGAGUGGCAAUGUUCCACGUGAAAAUAACUGAGCAACAACAGCUCUAACUUCAUCUCCCUGUGGCAUUCAAAUACUUUCAUUAAAUAAAAGUUUUGUACAACGUGCAGUUAAUAAUAUAUAAUAAGGGAACAUAGAGAGGAUUGCAACCCCAUAAUACCAUUUAUUAUAUAUUAUUAAGUUCCUUUGUUAAUUUGCAAAGUGUUGAGGAAAGUGAUAUCAGGAAGACCUGAUGUCAGCCAGUUGUUCAGUGGUGAACCAGAGUUAUUCUGCAGAUGUUUAAAAGACAAGUUAUCAGUGGGCAAGCAUAAAUUGCUGAGGAAGGUGGUAUCAUACCUUAAGGGAGACACAUGUUUUUAACCUGGCUAUGACACCUUGCCCCAAGAUAUAAGGUGGCAAAACUGCAACAAUGUUGAAAGGCAAGGUGAAGCAUGAUUUGUACCUCACUUUUAUGGUUUGAAGUAAACAAUUUUUCUGAUAGCAGAACAUUCAGAAAGUUGUUGCACUAAUUCAAGGACAAUUCCACCCUCCAGUAUAAUUAACGCACCUUAUGUCUCCCUAGAAUAUAAUCUAGGUGUAGUUUUGUGACCAGAAAUCCUUCAGUUCCUUUCAGUUUCUCACAACAUGCAGGACUGUUUCUCCCAUUCUGCUAGUCACCACCAGUACUUCUAUUACCGGAGUAAACAUCUCACUGAGGUCAGUAAGGAACUAUAAAAAGAAGAUUAGAAUGGGUCUCUGAUCAUAACCAUCACAUUUUUAUAUGUUUGAGAAAUAGAUAGCAAACAAUUCACCUCAAGAAAGGAGUAAAUCAAAGCUCAAAAUGUGAAUCUUGACCAUUUCCUUUACAUUUACUGCCCUUGGCAAAGAAAAUAAAGGACUCACAAAUUCAAAGCUAUAACUGGUAUGGUAAUCAAGAAAAGCUAACUUUAUUCACAGAUGAUAUUUUUUGUUAUUGUUCUUGAUAUAUCCAGAUAAGAGCAUUCCGCAAUACAUGGAACAUGUUGAAACAGUUUCAAGUCUUUUCAGGACAUAAAAUAAAAGAAGAUAAAACAAAGGCUAUCAUUGUAAAUUAUAUAGUCACACAUGAACUGGUUCAGCAAUACCCAUACCUAUUGGGACAUGAUGAGAUGAAGUACUUAGGUGUAUGGAUUAAAACAGAUUCUGUUAAGGUAACUAUGGAUAUGUGGAAGAGACAAAAAACAUAAAACAAAAGUUGAGAAGCUGGAUGCUCUUGAUUAUGCCUAAUAAAAUACAAGCAGUGAAAAUGUU